AUGCGCUCCUCACUGGGGGCUCUGUCGCUUAGUAUCUUCCUUUUCGUGGUUGCCCCGUCCUUUUCGAAAGGCACUAUCACAGAUGCAGAUUUUACAACUCAAGUUGUCACUGAAGGAACUGUAGAAAUGGGCAACGAAAAUGUGACAAGUUCAUCAUACCCAGAGUUAAUUCCUAUGGAGGCGACCUUGUUGGUGAUAGAAACAUCUGAUGCUGUUGUGGAAAAAAAUGUGACAAUAGGAAACCCUGCUAGCAUAGAACUAAAAUGUAACUUCAGUACCACCAGACAUCCACAAUUCGUGUAUGUAUAUUGGAAAAAAGGUAAUGAUCGGAUCCCUACAACAAGUAGUGUCAGAGUAUUUGAAAAUAUCAUGCAAGCUCAUAUCAGGUUGACAGUCACUGAUAAAAAGCAUAUGGAUAGCUACUCUUGUGUUUUUGAAGGGAUAAAGGAACGAAAGGGCACAUUUCAUUUUAAAGUUCCUGAAAUUUAUGUGAAAGAAAAGCCACUGGUGAAUUAUGAACGGGAUUCUGCUGUCGUGAAUUGUAACAGUAAAAACUAUGUUGCUUUGGAGUGGAUGUGGUAUGCUAGUAAUGGAAGUGAAAAGGUUCCCAUUGAUCUUACAUUGAAAAACAAGUAUGAAAUUGUACCAUCCUCACAUAAUGAAACAAAGCUCAAGAUAAAGCACCUUGAAUCAAAAGACGGUGGACUAUACUGGUGCCGCGCGAUAUUCCUCCUAGGGGACAGUGAAGGAAAGCAGAACCUCAAAGUGCUAACCUACCUGGUGCCACUGAAACCAUUUCUUGUAGUAACUGCUGAAGUUGUUAUUUUGAUAACUGGUAUUUUUCUCUAUGAGCUAUACACCAAAAGGAGACAGCUAUCCUCAGAAAGUGGAAAAGAAUUUGAACAAGCUGAACAGCUAAAAUCAGAAGAUCACAAUGGAGUACACAAGAAUAAUCAAAGAACCAGGCACAGAAAGGGUGAUACCAGUGUGAAUUAA